GAGAGACAGAUGGCUGAAAGACACACAGACAGACAGACAGACAGAGGGACAGACAGACAGACAGAGGGACAGACAGACGCUGUGGACACUCAGAUGUUUACUGGAAUUAUUUUGGAAUAAAGAACAGAAGCAGAAGGCAGUUGCUAGGAGACGGUGGAGUUUGGGCAGACCUGCAUGAUGCCAGCAUGGCACAUCUGCUGCCCCCUGUCGGUUCAGAGGUCUUCAGACGCUUCACACCGGCCUCGCUGGAAGAAAUCCAACGAUGUCAUGAAGUCGAGGAGAAGGAGAGACAAAGAAGAAAGGAAAAGAACAUAGAGAUCGCAGAUGAAGAUCUUCCUAAACCAGCCAGUGACCUGGAGGCUGGGAAGCCCCUCCCCUUCAUCUAUGGAGAACCGCCCCCUGAGCUUCUCAACACCCCAUUAGAGGAGCUGGAUCCUUUCUACCAAUCACAGAAGACGUUCAUCGUGCUCGCCAAAGGAAACGUCAUCUUCCGGUUUAACGCUGAACCCGCCUGUUACCUGUUGAGUCCCUUCAACCCUCUGCGCACCGCCGCCAUCAGGAUCCUGGUUCAUUCUUUAUUCAGUUUGUUCAUCAUGGUGACGAUUCUGACCAACUGUGUGUUCAUGACCAUGAGCGACCCGCCGCCAUGGAGCAAGACUGUGGAGUAUGUGUUUACCUUCAUCUAUACAUUUGAAGCAACAGUUAAAAUCAUGGCCCGAGGAUUCUGUGUCGGAGGUUUCACCUUCCUCAAAGACCCCUGGAACUGGCUGGACUUCAUGGUCAUCAGCAUGGCGUACCUGACAGAGUUCAUAGAUUUGGGAAACGUCUCUGUGUUGAGGACGUUCAGAGUUCUUCGAGCUCUGAAGACAAUCACAGUCAUUCCCGGUCUGAAGACGAUUGUCGGAGCUCUCAUCCAAUCAGUGAAGAAGCUGGGUGAUGUCAUGAUUCUGACACUGUUCUGCCUCAGUGUCUUCGCUCUGGUUGGUCUGCAGCUCUUUAUGGGAAACCUGCGGCAAAAAUGCGUCCUAAUACCUCCGCUGUCGCUUAGCAACUACACGUCUGACAUCAACCUAAACGUCAGUUACCAUGGAAACAAUACAGGAAGCAGUGAGGACUUUGAUUACUUUGAGUUCAUCAACAAUCCAGAGAACUAUUACCACCUUCCUGGUCAUAUCGAUGCUCUGUUGUGUGGAAACAGUUCUGAUGCCGGGGCCUGUCCGGAGGGUUACCUCUGUCUAAAGGCGGGGAGAAACCCAAACUACGGAUACACCAGCUAUGACACAUUUGGGUGGGCGUUCCUGUCUCUGGUCCGACUGAUGACCCAGGACUUCUGGGAAAACCUCUUCCAGCUGACGCUGAGAGCAGCAGGUAAAACUUACAUGAUCUUCUUCGUGGUCAUCAUCUUCCUGGGCUCGUUCUACCUCAUUAACCUCAUUCUGGCUGUGGUCGCCAUGGCGUACGCCGAGCAGAAUGAGGCCACCAUAGCCGAGGCCAAACAGAAGGAAGAAGAGUACGCUCAGAUCCUGGAGUUGCUGAAGAAGAGGGAGAAAGAGACUAAACUGUUGUUACAGCAGGCGGCCUGCAGGGCGGAGCUCUCGGAGAAACAACACUCAGCACCACAGGAGAAGAACUCAUCUGCAGAAACAAAGACCCACGAGCAAGAACACACUGCCAUGGAAGAGUUUGCAGAUGAACAGAGGCCCUGUCCUCCAUGUUGGUACGCCUUCGCCAACAUCUUCCUGAAGUGGAAUUGUUGUGGCUGUUGGCGGUGGGUCAAACGGGGCCUCUACAUCUUCGUCAUGGACCCUUUUGUCGACCUCGGCAUCACCAUCUGUAUCGUCCUCAACACUGUCUUCAUGGCAAUGGAGCAUUAUCCAAUGACAGAGGAGUUUGAGGAGCUUCUGAGCGUGGGAAAUUUGGUCUUCACGGGGAUCUUCACAGCUGAGAUGGUCCUCAAACUUCUAGCCAUGGACCCAUACUACUACUUCCAGGUAGGCUGGAACAUCUUUGACAGCAUCAUCGUCACCAUGAGUCUGGUGGAACUGGGAUUGGCUAAUGUUCAGGGCCUGUCUGUGCUGCGCUCCUUCCGAUUGAUGCGAGUGUUCAAGCUGGCCAAGUCAUGGCCAACCCUCAACAUGUUGAUAAAGAUCAUUGGGAACUCAGUGGGGGCUCUGGGGAACCUAACCCUGGUGUUGGCCAUCAUCGUCUUCAUCUUCGCCGUCGUUGGCAUGCAACUGUUCGGAAAGAACUACAAAGACUGCGUCUGUCGCAUCUCACUCGACUGCGAGCUUCCUCGCUGGCACAUGAACGAUUUCUUCCACUCCUUCCUUGUUAUCAUGAGGGUCCUGUAUGGAGAGUGGAUUGAGCUCAUGUGGGACUGCAUGGAGGUCUCAGGUCAGGCCAUGUGUCUGAUUGUCUUCAUGUUAGUCCUCGUCAUUGGAAACCUGGUGGUCCUGAACCUGUUCCUGGCCUUGUUGCUGAGCUCUUUCAGCGGUGAUAAUCUGGCAGCUCCAGAGGACGAAGGAGAAAACAACUUGCAGAUUGCCAUCAACAGGAUCAGUCGAGCCGUGUCCUGGAUGAAGACCUGGAUUUUGGAACAUAUCUGGACUUUAAUGGGAAAGAAGGUCCAUGUUGACCCAGACCACCUGGCGGUCGACAGUGACAACAAGACGAAGGAGCUUUUGGCUUUGACCUUUGUGACCUCAGACGAGCCACUGUCAGAGGUCAAGUCCCUCAGCUGUGACCGUGGCAACCUGAGCAGCAACUAUCACAACAUCGCCUGCCUGAGGGUCCCCAUCGCCGAGGCCGAGUCUGACUUCGAGACGCCUGAUGAUGAUGAUAAUGAUGAUGAUGACGAAGAUGAAGACGAGGAGGAGGAAGAAAUGCACUCACAGUGUGACAAGUCGUCGGUCUGCAGCACAAUACAAAAACUUCCUGAAGUUCAGGAUGACGAAGACGAUGAAGACUCUAAUACAAACACACCUGUGGACUGCUGCAGUGAAAAGUGUUACCACCGCUGUCCAUUCCUGGACAUAGACACAUCCCAGGGCAGAGGGAAGGUGUGGUCUAACAUCAGAAGAACCUGUUUCUCCAUUGUAGAACACAACUACUUUGAGACCUUCAUCAUCUUUAUGAUUCUGAUGAGCAGUGGAGCUCUGGCCUUUGAGGACAUCUACCUGGAGCAGCGUCGGGUCAUAAAGAUGGUUCUGGAGUAUGCAGACCAGGUGUUCACCUACGUGUUCGUGGUGGAGAUGGUUCUCAAGUGGGUCGCCUAUGGAUUCAAGACCUACUUCACCAACGCCUGGUGCUGGCUGGACUUCCUUAUUGUGGACGUGUCUCUGGUGUCUCUGACAGCAAACGUCCUUGGAUACUCUGAGCUGGGAGCCAUCAAGUCUCUGAGGACACUGAGAGCUCUGAGGCCCCUGAGGGCCCUGUCGCGCUUCGAGGGCAUGAGGGUGGUGGUGAACGCCCUGGUCGGAGCGAUCCCAUCCAUCUUCAACGUGCUGCUCGUGUGUCUGAUCUUCUGGCUGAUCUUCAGCAUCAUGGGCGUCAAUCUGUUCGCAGGAAAGUUUUAUUACUGUUUCAAUGAGACGUCCCAGGAAGUGUUUCCCCCUGAGGAUGUCAACAACAGGACAGAGUGUCUCGCGCUGAUCGCAGACAACUCCACCGAGGUCCGCUGGAAGAACUUAAAGGUCAACUACGACAAUGUUGGGAUGGGCUACCUGUCGCUGCUGCAGGUGGCCACGUUUAAAGGAUGGAUGGACAUCAUGUACGCCGCCGUGGACUCCAGAGACGUGGAGUCCCAGCCGAUGUACGAGGACAACUUGUACAUGUACCUUUACUUUGUCAUCUUCAUCAUCUUCGGCUCCUUCUUCACUCUCAACCUCUUCAUCGGAGUCAUCAUCGACAACUUCAACCAGCAGAAAGCAAAGUUGGGAGGAAAAGAUAUUUUCAUGACGGAGGAGCAGAAGAAAUAUUACAACGCCAUGAAGAAACUGGGCUCAAAGAAACCUCAGAAACCUGUUCCCCGCCCUGAGAAUAAGUUCCAGGGUCUGGUCUUUGACCUGGUCACCACACAGUUCUUCGACAUCUUCAUCAUGGUGUUGAUCUGUCUCAACAUGGUGACCAUGAUGGUGGAGACAGAUGAGCAGAGCCAGGAGAAAGAAAUCAUUCUCUAUUGGGUCAACCUUGUCUUCAUCAUCAUCUUCACCUCAGAGUGCGUUCUCAAGUUGACUGCACUCAGGCAGCACUACUUCGCUGUCGGCUGGAACAUCUUUGACUUUGUGGUCGUCAUCCUGUCCAUCGUAGGCCUUCUCCUUGCUGACAUCAUAGAGAAGUAUUUCGUCUCGCCCACACUCUUCCGUGUAAUCCGAUUGGCUCGUAUCGGUCGAGUCCUUCGACUCAUUCGUGGAGCAAAGGGGAUCCGGACACUGCUGUUCGCCCUGAUGAUGUCACUUCCUGCCCUCUUCAACAUUGGCCUCCUCCUCUUCCUCAUCAUGUUUAUCUUCUCCAUCUUCGGCAUGUCGAACUUUGCGUACGUGAGGAAGGAGGCCAUGAUCGAUGACAUGUUUAACUUUGAGACGUUUGGGAACAGCAUGAUCUGCUUGUUUAUGAUUACCACGUCAGCCGGAUGGGACGGUCUGCUGAAUCCCAUCAUGAACACGCCGCCGGACUGUGACCCUGACUUAGAAAACCCUGGAUCGCUGGUCAGAGGGGACUGCGGCAGCCCGGGCAUCGGCAUCAUCUUCUUCACCACCUACAUCAUCAUGUCCUUCCUGGUGGUGGUCAACAUGUACAUCGCCAUCAUCCUGGAGAACUUCAAUGUGGCGACAGAGGAGAGCGCUGACCCGCUGUGUGAGGAUGACUUUGAGAUGUUUUAUGAAACCUGGGAGAAGUUUGACCCCGACGCCUCCCAGUUCAUCCAAUACAGUAAGCUGUCAGAUUUCUGCGACGCUCUGAAGGAUCCUCUGAGGAUCCCCAAACCCAACACCAUCCGACUGAUCCACAUGGAUCUACCUCUGGUUCCUGGAGACAAAAUCCACUGUCUGGACAUCCUGCUGGCGCUCACGGCACAGGUUUUAGGUGAUUCAGGAGAGAUGGACACUCUGAAGGCCAGCAUGGAGGAGAAGUUCAUGGCCAACAAUCCUUCCAAGGUGUCAUAUGAACCAAUCAGCAGCACUCUGCGGAGGAAACAGGAAGAAGUGGCGGCAACAGUGAUCCAGAGAGCGUACAGGAAACAUCUUCUGCAGCGGACAGUCAAACUGGCAUCCUACAAAUACAGAGAGAAGGAGGGGCAGCGAGAUGUCUCGCCGCCUGAGACAGGAGGACUUCUCUGUAAACGAAUCAGUCAGCUGUACGGAGACAGCCAGGAGACAGAUGAGCCUGUCUCAGGUGCCUCGGGUGAGGUACGUCCCUCCCGGGUGGAGCUUCAGAGUGAGUUUCUCCUCCAUGCUGCGCCUCCCUUAAACACCUCUGAGUCUGUACAAAAUGAGAACCUGAGGGAGUCAGUGGUGUGAUGACAGUUGCUGUUAAACAUGUUUGUGCUCUACACUGUGGGAACUCACCUGUCGGAGGAGCGUUGGACAAACCUGGCAGUAAAGACUCAGUGACACGUCACAGCAGACGGCAAGCCUGAACCAUCGAUGACUCAACAUGCUCUUAUUCUGAAAAUCUAUGUCUCAUUUCCUGUGGGAUGAAUUCAGUUCAGACACUCUGUACACUCGUACUUCAGUUAUGAUGAUGUCAUCAGUGACCUGUGAUGAUCUCAGACCAGGUGACUCUUACCUGUUGUAAGUGUUUAUCAGUCAGGCUGAAGGUUUUAGAUGACCAAUCACGUGACGUUAUUCAGUCUGACAGUUUGAUACCAACCUGCUCAACUCUUUAAUCAGUCACAGACGAGACUCAGCCCACUUCUGACCCCACACACACACACACACACACACACACGUCAUUCAGAGGAGCAUCAGUGAUGACUGACAGAGCAGACAGCCAAUCAGAAGGCAGAGAGUCAACAGAUGAACCACGCCUGGUUAAAAACGACAUUUGAAUCUGAUGAGACAAACAGUUUUCUUGGUUGUUGAGUUUGAUCACAUGACUGACAGUGAUGUGAUCAGUAACCAUGGUGACGGGUGAAGCUUGUCAUUCAUCAGAUUCUGUAUUUUAUUUUCUAUUAUUUUCUAAUAAUUAAAAUCGAGUCCUCAGACCCUCAGACAUGUCUGUCCUCAGACCCUCAGACCUGUCUGUCCUCAGAUCUGUCUGUCCUCAGACCCUCAGAACUGUCUGUCCUCAGACACUCAGACAUGUCUGUCAUCAGACCCUCAGACCUGUCUGUCCUCAGACUUUCCCUGCAGACAAAGAAAAAAAUUCCCAAAAACCCUUCAACAGGGAGAAAUGAAAUAAACCUGGGGAGGGGUCCAUCGUCAAGAAGGACAGAUGGACAGAAAGACAGAAGGACAACAGGUCAACAUGAUAAAAUUACAGGAUAGAAAACAACAAAAAAUGAACUUGAAUUUCUCACCACGUUUGAUCCAGAGAGGAGGUUAUAGUUUCAGUUCUGCUUGUUUGUUUGUUUGUUUGUUGGUCAGCAGGAUUAUGGAAAAACAACAGGUCUGAGAAAGAACUUCUUACCCCUCCUGAUUAUUAUAUUAUUAUUAUUAUUAUUAUUAUUAUUAUUAUCAUUAUUAUGAUAAUUUACAGGUAAUUAAAAACGAAAAGCUGCGACAUGAUAAACUUUGUCCGUAUAAACUAACUGAGGUGAAACAGUCGACGUUGCAGCAGCUGUGACUCAGUGUGAUGCGUACGCAGUGAUGGCGUGACUACUGACAUGUCUUCAGACUUCCUGUCCAUUCACAUCGUCUGACAGCUGAACACACGACUUUCAUUUUACAUCUGGAACAAAAUGUGACAUCACAGUGGACACUAUGAUAUCAUGUCAGAUGUUAUGACGUCACAGUCACAGUGGAAGUUAGAACAUCACUGAUGCAACAAAACCAAUCAGUCCAAUCUUCACAGGUCCAGACAUCAGUGCUGUUGUGAAGUAAACAAAGCUGUAAACAGGAAAUAGAUUCAGUUUCUUUAAACAACAACAACGGGAAGUUCCAGAUGACAAAAUCUCAAGUGUUUGAAAAUAGAUGUCAAGUCAGUCGAUAGAUUUACUGAGAAAAGUUAAAGUUAUUAAUGAAUUUAUUAAUCUGCAGCUUUUUGUCCCGCAGUAGUUUUAUUUCGUUAUUUCUUUGUUUAACGUCUUUGACGUCUUUCUUUAACAUCUUUAUUUCUAACGUGAUCAUUUUGUGGUGUUUUUUGUAUGAAUUCUAAUAAACGAGUGUUUUUAUGAUUCACUUUUAAUCGCCAACUUCAGAAGUUGUUUUCACUCGAUGUCAAACUGUUGCUAAGACCAGACAUCGUGACUGGUGGAUGAAUGUCAGAGUCAUCAGCUGUGUGGUUGAUGUGAAUGUUUGAGGGUGAUGAUUAUGGCAGAUGAUGAUGAUGAUGAUGAUGAUGGUUGUUGCUUGCAGUGAAGACAAAAUGAUUAAAGCUUCAAACUGUCCAGGAAA